CUCCAAAAUGCCCUAAGUCCACCCCAAAGGGACUUACCAUCUCCAACAGAAAACACUGUUCACAAACUGCUCCAAAAAGCCCUAAGUCCAGAGUCUCAGGAUGAUCACUGGGACAAAGCCGCCCUCAGACAUGAUAACUGGGCCGUCGCUGCCAGUGAUGGGCCCAAAGGUGGGGGUUGUUUCCUACAACCCUUGCAGGUAUAGCAAUAAGUUCUGCCUUCCUGCAGAAAACUACCAGACAUUGUAAUGAUUUUUUAGGCUAACUUCUUUAAAUACAAUGCAAUCUUCUUUGUUGGGUUUAUCAGUGAUGAUCAGUGCUCCGAACUCUAUAGUUAUGAACAUUUAGAGUCAUCAAUGUUUUAUGAGACUUACUAAAAGUAAAAUGUCCUUGAUCCAAUUGGUCUGAAAAUUAUUGGAAGCCUGUUUCUGGCAGUAAAAGAAGAAAUAAGAUGAAAACUUGAAACUUGGUGAUGAAAAUAUCCUGUAAGUCAUAAUGGCAAACAAUCUCAAAACAAUGAUUUAGUAUCGCAAAUUAGUAUCCUUAAAUAAUGGGAAACCUCGAAACAUCCUAGCUCAUUAUUUUGAGAGUGCCUCAUUUCAAAGACUUACUGGAUCUCCUUUUUCCAUCCCAUUGUUACAAACGGGCUUCUAUAGUAAUGUCUAAUGUUUUCUUGAUUAAUUUCUCAAAAUCUUCUGAAGGUAGACUCUUUAGUGAUGCAUUGUUAAGCAACUCAGACAAUUUUAAAGAAGAUAUAUAUGUGUGUGUGUGUGUGUGUGUGUGUGUGUGUGUGUGUGUGUGUGUGUGUGUGUGUGUGUGUGUGUGUGUGUGUGUGUGUGUGUGUUUUUAAACAGUAGCCUACUUUGUCUUAGAAACCAUUACAAUAUUUGGUAGUUUUCGCCUUAGCUGCGAUGGGCAACGCAGCUCUAUGCAAGAAGGCAGAAUUUAUUACAGCACAGGGGGGCUAAAUACUAGGAGUACUGCAUACAGUUUACAGCGACUCACUGGUACGGGAGAAAGACUGACAAACUUGGUGAGAAGAAUUCAGACGAACAAACCGGAUCAAACUAUCCUCCCGCCUAAUGCUUUGGUCUUUCUAUGACCAAAGACAUACAAGGGAGAAGAUGGAGAAGAUAUAUUGUAUUAAUACCUUAAAGGGAAAGUUAAUCCGCAGCAUCCUGCUGCUCAUCACUCUGCCCUCCUACGUCUCUGGAACAUUUGUAGUGAAUGUGACCCAGACCUCCUAUCAGGCAGAGGAGAACCACCACAUCACACUGGAGUGGACCUUCACAACCAACCCUCACAGUUCCUCCAACUCUCUGAAUAUCUUAUGUCAACUGUUAACUGAUCUCAAGAAUCCAACCCUGUUUCAUCUCCAUGAAGGAGUUGAGGUCCCAGAGACUCAGGAUGAACAGUUUGCAGGACGAGUCCAGUGGGACAAAGACGUCCUCAGAGAAGGACGACUCAGACUUCAUGUGUCCAGACUCAGGACUAAUGAUUCGGGACAGUAUGUGUGUAAAGUGUUCACAAGUUAUGAAAGGAGCUCUGGUAAAUGUUGGCUCAAUGUCACUGAAGCUGCUGAGGAGCCCAAAACUCAAAGACCAACAGUGAGACCAGAACCAGAGAGUCGGGGAAGGAUCGGCUUCUACACUGGACUGGGACUGACAGCAGCAGCUCUACUGGCUCUCUGUGCCAAAUGCCUCCUUAGAUGUUUUUAUAGGCGUCCAGAGACAUAAGCCAUCAGCACCAACAGGAGUCUGUCUGGAGGACCUGAGUCAUCAGGUUCAAGACCUGAGACUCCAAGACUCUAUCUCUCCAUCUGUUUUAAAUGGGGGAAGUAUAUUUGAUGUGUUUUGAUCACUUUAUUUUUAUCUAUUUGUGUUAUUAUCCGUUUUUAUGAUCUCUAUAUGUUGUUACUUACACUGUUAUCAUUAAUGUUAUUAUUAUUAUUAUUGCCAUAUUAAUAUCAUUGUGGUGUUCACUGAUUUUUUAUUACAUUAUCAUUUAUUUGUAAUUGUAUUACUAUUAUGUCAUGUGUGGUUUAAGCUCUGCAAAACUAAUAACAUUUGAUAUACAUUAGAAUAUUUUUACCCUUGUGCAUCACUCUAAAAAGUUGCUAUGGUGUAUUUAGACAGAAACUUUGUCCAUUUUCACAGAGUGAAAUCUUUUAACCAGCUUCAGCCAAAACCAUCACUACCAAAUAUUAAUUCAUUUUCAAAAUUAUAACCCUCAGGUGUGUCCUGAAAAAUCAUGACGAAAAAUACAGAUUGUAGCAUGAAUCUUUUUUCUAUUAGUUUUAUGAACUUCAUAAAAUCAUUAUUUUGUAAUGUGUAUUUUACAGCAUUAAAAUAUUAGGAAAAAAAGUUGGUGACUCACCAUACACAAAAAAACAAAAAAAUAAAUAAGAAAUAUCA